GGUCAGCCUUGCAGACCCCAACGCUACCCCUCCCUUCGACCUCGUCACUCUGAGAUUUUAAUCAACUAUGUGUUCUAUCUAUGACGUGCGAGAAUGGACUACACACACAAUGACUAUACCGUAGCAUGGGUCUGUGCCUUGCCAUUGGAGAUGACGGCGGCAAAGACAAUGCUAGACAAGAUCCACCCUUCCCUACCACAGCCAGAAACCGACCAUAAUACAUAUAUCCUCGGAAAUAUUGCCAGCCAUAAUGUGGUAAUGGCGUGUCUACCAUCAGGUGUUUAUGGAACCACCUCUGCGGCAACCGUGCUGGCUUAUAUGCUAUCAACAUUUCGUUCCCUGCGAUUUGGGUUGAUGGUGGGAGUUGGAGGCGGGGUUCCCAGUGAGACCGCGGAUAUUCGCCUUGGGGAUGUGGUUGUCAGUAUACCAACUCCAGCCUCGGGAGGCGUGAUCCAAUAUGACUAUGGAAAGACACUUCGUGAUGGACGCUUACAUCGAACUGGGUCACUCAAUAAGCCUCCACGAUGUCUCUUGACUGCCGUAUCUCAUAUACGCAGCGACUUUAUGAUGAGAGACUCAAUAACUAAAAAGAAUAUAAUAGAGGUACUUGGGAAGCAGCAAAAAGCCAAUAAGCAAUUCUCGAAACCAGAUUAUGACUGUCUAUUUGACCCGAGCUAUGACCAUGUAGACACUGGCAAAACUGCUGAUUGUUUAUUAUGUGAUCAGUCCCAGCAGGUACUUCGUACAGAGCGACAUGCUGAUGAACCAGCUAUUCAUUAUGGGCUGAUUGCAAGCGGGAAUCAGGUUAUCAAGGAUGCUAGGACACGGGAUUCCAUUGCUCAUGGGUUAAAUAUACUCUGUUUUGAAAUGGAGGCAGCCGGAUUAAUGGAUCAGUUACCAUGUCUGAUCGUUCGCGGAGUCUGCGAUUAUUGUGACUCACAUAAGAAUAAGGAAUGGCAAGGAUAUGCAGCUCUUACUGCUGCUGUAUACACAGCCACUCUACUGGCUGUUGUUCCUAGCGUCAACGAUAAGGCUCGACAAGAAGAGAAGACUGAAUUCACUGCUGAAGAGACAGCAUGCUUGCAGAACCUGUUUAUUACGGACCCAGCAGAUGACAGAAGUGCACUCCGACGGAGAAAAGGGGAUCGUGCUCCUGGGACCUGCAACUGGAUAUUAGAAACUGAUGAACUGAAGAACUGGCUCAGACCUCAUGAAGGUUCCGACGAAGGGUCACAUUCAACAAUGGCCAUCACGCUCACAGAAGAGCUCCCCAAGAAGGCGUACUUUGCUGGCAGAAACGUCUUCCUUACGUAUUUCUUCUGUGACUCGAGCUCAGAAGUUCACCGUACAGCACUAUCCAUAUUACGGGGACUCCUCUAUCAAUUGAUUAGGGAACAUCCCAAAUUAAUAAAAGAAAAGGUCUUCAGAUCAUUUGAUGCAUUGUGGAGUGGGGUAUACUGCAUCAUUGAUGCCUUAGAUGAAUGUGAUUAUGCGUCACAGCGCAUGAUACUUGAUCAGAUCGAUCAAACCUUCACAGCUCGUCAUUUAAAAGAUGACACCUUAUCAAAGAUACAUCUGUUGAUUACCAGCCGACCGUUUCCUGAAAUUCCCUCCUACCGAGAAGAAAAGAUUGAUGACUUGCGGGAAAAGAAAUCCUAUUCUAAAGCAGUGGCUGCUGAGGUAUCCCGCAUCCUUAAGGACAAAGCCGAAGGAACUUUCCUGUGGGUAGGCAUCGCCUGUGACGAAAUAGCGCAGGUGCAAUCUAGGAAUGCUUUAAAGAUCCUGUACAGUCUUCCCCGAGCGAUUGAGUCCGAUGAUGAGAAUGACCAGAAAAUAAUCAUCGAUAUGCUGAGUAUUGUUACUAUCUCACGAAGACGAAUGACAUUGACAGAAUUAUGUGAAGCAUGCCAGAUUUGUCCCAAUGCUGAUGAGGAGAGCCGCCUGCAAUUCACACGAGAAUACAUUGAUCUGUGUCGUCUGAUGGUCGUCAUUUCUGGAGAACAUGUUCAACUCCUUCACAAAUCUGUUAGGGAUUUUCUUGUGAGACAUACCAGGAAGAUUGACGACUUACGGGCAAAUGCUACACUGGCGUAUCGGUGCAUCAAUAGUGUCUUACAUGGCUGUCAGUCAGGAGUGGGUGAAAUAAGUUCGGAUACUAAGCAAGGGUUUCUAAACUAUUCGAUUCUAUACUGGACAGAACAUGCCGGUAUCUCCGGGGCUCAGUUUACAGUUGCUCCCGAACAUGAGAAGUUCUUUUUGGUACAAUCAGACUCGUGGGAAAAGUGGCUGCAGCACUACAACUCUCUGCAGGGAGCUUUUCAGCCUAAAUUAGAUGCCAGCUACUCGACCCUACAUGUUGCAGCCAGAUGGGGUAUUGUGAAUUUAGCGGCGUACGUAUUGACGAAAAUGAAGGGGUUCGAAAUUGACGACACUGCAUGCAAGGCCACAGCAGCAGCAAAUGAGGAAAGUGGGAAACAAAUUGUUGCACUCUUAUUACGUCGACUGGGGGAGCAAGUCCAGCUCACAGAAGACGUGCUGAAGGCUGCAGCCAGUAACUCCGGCAACGGGAGACAAGUCAUGGAGCUCCUAUUAAGUCAAAAAGGUGAUCUGCUCAUUAUUUCAAGAGACCUAGUUGAGAUCGCGGCUCUCAAUUUCUGGAACGGAAAGGACGUGAUAGAGCUUCUUUUGGUUCAACGAGAACACCAGCUACGCAUCACACAGGAGGCAACAGCAUUAAUUCAUACCCGUGGGAAACGAGUGGCCGAGCUUCUGAUAAGUGAUGCAAGUGCUCACAUCCUAAAUCCCAAAGCUUUGCUUGAGGAUGUGGCACGCGAUCAACGAAAUGAAGACUUUCCCAAAAUACAGCUGAAGCAAGAUAAGCCCGACGUCCAAGCUGGGGAACGCCUCAAAGCAGUGCAAGAAGGUGAGAUAAACAAAUCAAAUGUGGUAGGACCCCUAUAUGGUGAGCGCCAUGGUACCCAGGGUAUGGGCCCUUCAAUACAGCUAUUCCCUACCCUUGUGCACGGAGCAUCGUUAUGGAUUUUCUUUUUGACCGCAGCUUCUGUUAUAUUCUUCUACAUAGCGUAA